AGUAUCAUGCACGAACGAAGCCCAUUUGCGUUUCCUUCUGAAGAGGCUGAAUUGUAUGACAGGCAAAUUCGCCUCUGGGGCAUGCACUCUCAAGAAAUAUUAUGUCAAUCAAAGGCUUUAUUCCUCGGAUUUGGCUCUACUCAAGCCGAAAUUUGUAAGAACAUAACCUUGGCUGGCAUGAAUUACGUUUGCAUUAUUGAUUGGGUUACCGUUCAACCACAAAAUGCGGUAUCGCAUUUAUUUCUAAACCUUAACACUUCAGUUGGAUUGAACAGAGCCCUUGCUUCGAAAGAAGGGAUUUUAGAACUCAAUCCAUUCCUCCAAAUUGACACUGUCGCUGUUAGCGAAAAUACAACUGAAAUCCUUAAUUGCCUUAAAAAGCAGACAAAUCAGAUUUCGUUUGACAUCGUCGUGGCGUCUGGAUUGAAUUAUCAAACUCUGUGCGAAGCCAACAAAAUAUGCCGUUAUAUCGAGGACGAGUAUGAACUGUCCAGACCCAGAAAAAGAAAAAAAAAGCAGACUUCAUUCAUUAUUGUAGAAUGUCUAGGGAUGCAAUCUUUCGUAUUUUUUGAUAUCACUAAUCAAUUAUAUACAACGCCAGCCAGUAAGCCGUCAGGACUCACGGAGCAUUUGGAUUACGUCGAUUUCGAAAGUUUUCUCAACACAACUAGAGUAGGUUCUGAAGUGUCUAAUAUAUACUGGAUAAUACGGGGUAUUUAUAAUAUGGAAAAAUCAAUGCAGCGGAUGGUUCGGCUAGGGGACGACUUAAGCCAAUUAGAAUUCGAACUCCAACAGACUAGAGAAAACACUAAUUUUUGUUCAGUUGCUGAAUUUAUUAAAUACAGGAAUUGUGAAAUCAAUCCUAUAUGUGCCAUCAUUGGGGGACUAGUAGGACAAGAAAUCAUCAAAAUUUUGGUUGAUGCUACAGUGCCGCCUAUCCAGAAUUUUUAUUAUUUUGAGGCAAUAACUGGCAAGGAUAGAAUAGAUAAAAUCGGAUGUAUUUAAUGACAUUCAAAAUCAUUACUGUCUAUAAC